AUGUUCACGGCAAUGACAAUUGGGCUUAGUUUAGUUCCCUGCUUCACUGGACUCGCCGUCUAUUCAUAUCCACUUCUUACACUGUCAACCUUAUCGGGAUAUUCUCGUUCGCGAACGUAUCUGGCUGGGUCUGUCAAUAGUGCUUCGUCCCAGCCCGCAGUCAUUCUAGCUUAUGUGGCCUCCUGCCUUAGUGCCUGCUUUUGUCAGCCGGCCAGCCGAAUACGAAAAUUGUUUCACCGUCCGUCUCGACGGCGACGGCAUUUUGAGGAAGAUGUCGGAGCAGAACAGGGCGGAACAGAAUACAGGCAUCUCGAAGAAGAGGACGAUGAAGUUUCUACAGCCGCCACCUCAGCUGUUUCUCUGCUUGUACAAACCACUCAUGCACAUGCCUCAGUCCAAUCUGUCUAG